CCUCCAUUUCUCCCAUGCUCUCCUCUCCCCCACCCCUCCCGCAACCCAACCCAACCCCUCUGUCGAUCUCCUCUUCCCCACCCGUCCCGCCUCAUCCGGGAGCAAGGCGCGGGCGCCGGACAAGCCGUGCUGACCGGAUUUGGCCGGCAUGGUGGGCUCCCAGCGCGGUCCUGUACGUGGCCAACUGCGGGCCGGUGGUGGGGCUGAGCCACGGUCGGGGCCACGCAGGUGGUGGCGCGGGGACGAGACGCCCCGACGUGCAAGCAGGGCAUGUGUGGUCGGCCUGAUGGCGCGGAACUCCAGGCGGCGGAGAGGACGAGGGCGCGGAGAUUCCCUGGUCGACCUCCAGCUCCAGGCGAAGGCGACUGCGAGCCGGAUCAUCUCACCUCGCCUCGUCUUCCAGCUAAAUUGCGUCCUCGUCCUUGGUCACGCACCCUCUCCUCCGCGGCUACGCCCACUGGAAGCUGGGACUGGGAGCGGAGCGCCACUAGGACCAGGCCAGCUUCAACCGCCCGCCAGCACUCGGCUACAACGUUCGUCUUGGCCCAUCUCCGGCGCCCGCACCGGGAUCUCCGUCGCCCAUGUCGCCCGGGGAUAGCCCACAGUACCCUGCUGAUGGCCGUGCGGGUAAAUUUGAGGGCAAUUUUUCCACAAGGCGAGCUAGAUUCCUGUGCAUAUAUUUACACAGAGGUGAAGUGCGAAUCCAAGUCUGAAGCUGUGAAGCAUAUCAGAAAAGACUAGCAUAUUAUGUGUUGUAAUUGUAGGCAGUAGUAGGCUUAUUUGGGCUGUAGUAUAAUGUAACGAUUGUAAUAGACUAAUGUAGUGUUGUUUUGGACGAAUUCUGUUUGCUCUUUGGAUUGUUCAAAAUAAUGAUUGUGUAUGUGAUUUGAAUACCCCAGAAAUGGUAACUUGGAAAAGGGGUUCAAGUUAUAAUGGUUGUUUGGCAUAUUUUGAAA